AUGUGCCAGACUGAUGAAGGACCUGAUCUAUUGGUAAUUGAUUUCAAACCUUUAAUUUCAGGUGUCAAUGUUGCUCCACGGGGUUUCUGCUCCCAGUCCAGCUACUAUGAUCAUACCCGACCUGCUAAUAUAGCCGUUGAUGGGGACAAAUCUGCAAAUUAUUAUGACAGAAGCUGCAUCCACACACACAAUGAUCUUGGUCCUUGGUGGCGUGUCGACCUACUAAGAAAAAUGCGAGUCUUUUCUGUUGCCAUCACCAACCGCGGAGACUGCUGUGGAAGCCGCUUGAAUGGAGCGGAGAUCCUUAUCGGAGACUCUGAGGAGCGAGGCGGUAUUAAUAACCCCCGGUGUGCUAAGAUUGCCUCCAUCCCAAUGGACAGACCUUCAUCUAUGACUGCGAUGGGAUGGAAGGACGGUUUGUCACUGUUGUUGUACCCAAAAAAAAAGAACAUUUGAAUUUAUGUGAAGUUCAAGUGUUUUGCUGAGCAAGUUGAAGAGCGAAGAGAAGAAAUGUUUCGGAAUGUAGCCCUGAAUGGCACGGCCUCCCAGUCCAGCACAUUUUCUUCUUCUGGAGAAGCUGGUAACGCCAAUGAUGGCUCCCUGGCCAAUAAUCACAUCGUGGGGCAAUGUUCGAUCACCCAAAGAGAGCUGUCGCCUUGGUGGAUGGUGGACCUGAAAGCAGCCUACCAGAUCUUCUCGUCGUCAUCACUAAUCGGGUGCUGGAAUGUUGCAAAGAGAGAAUUAUUGGAGCGGAAAUUCGUAUUGGGAACUCGGUGGAAAAUGGAGGAGUGUCAAAUCCAAGGUGUGGGGUGAUAACUUCUAUGGAAUCUGGAGAGUCCCUCUUCUUCUCUUGUAAUGGAAUGGUUGGCCGAUAUGUGACGGUGACAGUCCCGAGGCGGACCGAACAUCUCAUCCUGUGCGAAGUUCAGGUCUUCGGAUUGCCUGAGACAUCUAACGGAAAACUCAUCAGUAUGGAUGCCAACCUACCAGAAGUUCCAGAUGGAGCACCUAAUGUGGCCCUAAAAGGAGUGUCCUCCCAGUCCAGCCUCUACAACCAUUUUGGGGAUUCCAGGAACUCCAUUGGUGGUUCUCUUUCCGGCGACUAUUCCAAGAUGCAGUGCAGCCAAACUAUCUUUGAAUUAUGUCCUUGGUGGACAGUAGAUUUGAAGGAGGUCCAUGUGGUCUUCUCUGUGGGUGUCACCAACAGGGAGGACUGUUGUUGGGAGCGGAUCAAUGAGGCCGAGAUCCGGAUAGGAGAUUCCAGAGAAUGGGGGACCAAUCCCAGGUGUGCGGUCAUCUAUUCGCUGGGCCCCGGAGAGACCGCCAUGUUCAACUGUAAAGGAAUGAAGGGGAAAUACGUGACGGUGAUCAUACCGGACCGGGAAGAGAAGCUCUCUCUCUGCGAAGUCCAAGUGUUCGGUCUGCCGGCGCCCCCCGAAGAAAAUCCUCUGCCGGAAAUAACCGAGAAGGUAGUAAUGAGAGAAGGUCUUAGUGGACAAUCAUUAGUAUUUCCAGAGGAAGGCAUUCAGGAUUACGCAGUCUUACACCCAAGUGUACCGAUAGACUUGACCAAGUUCACCCUUUGUCUCCGCGUCUCCACCGAGUUUGUCCGGCCGCCGGGAGGUCAUCCUCUUCUCCUAUCACAAUGACCGAGAUGAGUUAAAUGUUUGGAGAGAACUAGACGGCCAGCUUUCCCUGUAUCUCGGCAGCAGUGAACUUGCAGCAAAAUUCUCCUUACCAGCCUCAGCACCUUUGGGAAUCAUAUCUGCGUGACCUGGGAGUCUUCGUCAGGCUUGACGGCCUUUUGGUUCGAUGGCAAGCGCUCUGCCAGUAAAAUUUACCGGAAAGGUCAUCAGGUUCUUCCAGGUGGAAGGGUGAUCCUGGGCCAAGACCAAGACAAAUUCGGGUCCAGUUUUGACGCCAAACAAAGCUUGGUGGGUGAAAUUUCAGAUGUCCAACUGUGGAAUUAUGUUUUACCUCCCCAUGCCAUCCAAAAGGUCUACAAAGGAAAUUCUGGGACUUCAGGGAACAUCAUCAACUGGAAUUCUAUUAAGUACGCUUUAUAUGGAAAUGUCAUUACACAGUAA